AUGUCUUUUUAAAUAUAACAUUAUAUUAUAGGUAUCGAAAUUAUAAUUAUGGAUAAGAUUAGUUAUUAGGAAAUGGUAAAUAUGGAAAAAUUGUAACUGCAAAACACUAAUUAGUGAAUGAAAAAGUGUUAAUCAAAAUAUUAGAGAAAAAGAAUCUAAAAUUAAAUAGAGAUUUGUAGAACCUUGAAAAUGAAAUUUAAAUACUUAGACAAGUCAAACAUUAGAAUGUAAUAUAAUUAUAUGAAGUAAUUUUAAAUAAGUUAAUAUAGAUUUUGGAAUCUACAUACAAUAUUUACAUGAUUUUUGAAUUUGGAGAAGGAGAUGACCUCAAACAUAAACUAAAUUAAUGUUAAAAGUAUCAUAAUUAUAAUUUAUUGAUUUUCAGAGGCAUAAUCAUUGAUAUAUUUGUAGUAAAUUGCCAAAGGAGUUUCUUAUUUACAUGAAAAUAAUAUAGUUCAUUGUAGAUUAAGAUUAGAGAACAUAGUAUUAUAAAAUGGAAAACCUAAGAUUAUUGAUUUUAGUCAGGCUAUUAAAAUAGAUUAAUAAGCAAAUAAAGAUUAUUCUACUAUUAAAUUAUCAUAUUAAUCUCCAGAAAUGUUAAAUUCAUUAUACUAUGAAUUUGAUGGAUAAAAAUAUGAUAUGUGGUGUUUAGGAUUAAUAUUAUAUUAAAUGUUAUAAGGUUAAUUGCCAUUUGAUAAUAUAACUAAUAAUAAUGAUUUAAAAAAUAAAAUUAAGAAAUCACAAUUUUAAAUCAAUUUUCCAAUUUCAUAAUAAGUUUGUUCAUUAUUAGAAACAAUGCUUAAUGUUGAUCCAAAUAAACGAAUUACACUUAAUGAAUUAAUGAAUUUCUUAGAAUCAUAAAAUCUAAUAUUUGAAAAUGAAUAUUUAAAAGUACCUGAGGAUGUUCCUAUACAUUUAAUUAUUAAAGAAUUGGAAGAUAAUCAAAUAGAAACAGUUAAUUUAUUUUAAUAAUUAGAGUAGAAUAAACAUUGUACAUAAACUACAUGUUAUUAUUUAAUCAAAAAUAAAUUAAUGAAAAAAGCUAAAUUAAACAAGAUUAAAGAAAAUCUAAUUAAUUUUGAAAAUAAUAAGUUUAAUUUUAUGAAAAAGUUAAGAAAUAGUUUAUAAUUUACAACUACUAAAUCUCGAAUUUAUUAGAAUGGUAAUAGAGUUCAUACUGAAAAUAAUCAUAAUAGAUCUGAUAGUAUUUCUUAACAUUCAUAUAAAUAAAGAUCAUUAAGCAAAACAAAUAAUAAUAAAACUCCAUUUAUGAAAUAAAUUUAAUAAGCUUCAAAAUUAUCUCAAACUUAAAAUUCCUUCUUUCCUUCAUAUAAUUCUGUUAGCUAAAAUUAAAAUAAAGGUAAUAACAACAAUAAAUCUAAUAGUAUUAAUAAUAAUCAAAAUUUUUAAUAAUUAGGAAUAAUUAGUGAUGGUUAUUAAAUCUAUUAAGAUAAAUUACAAUAAAGAUUAAAAAAUCUCUUGUAUUCUAAUAAUAAUUAUAUAAUAUAAGUAACAAAUACAAAAAGAAGAUCAGUGUCAUAAAAAAAUUGA